AUGCGAAUCCCGCUGCUGCCGCCGGGCACAGUGUUCCCAUGCUUUGGCAGUGGAAUCUCUGAGAUUUGCAUCCAGGUAGAGCCUUCUUUGGCCGAUAACAUUCCGUAUUCCUUUCUUGCGUUGCAGGCUCGCCCAAACUCGCACUCUCAUUCUGAGGUGGACUUCGGUACCUUCACAUGGUCCGCGUGGGGUGCGCGACUCAUUUCAGAAUAUGGCUAUGGCACAAUUGCCACGGCCAUUGGUGAAUGGGAUCUUCGCAGAUACGAAUACAUAGACAACAACCCUGCUGGACACAAUACAGUGGUUGUACGAGAAGCUUUCAAAGACGGUGAGGAAAUCAACUUUUCUCAGCUUCAUAGAGCAGUUGGGGAGCUUUCACUUGCCUCCACGAAUGUGGAUAAGAGUCAGUCCGUGCCCUAUGGUGCUUUACGUGCUGAUGGUUGGAUGGAUAUCACGAUCCGCUAUGCUUGUUCAGCUGCAGAUGGCUCGUUUCUCCUGGUGGAUGUUCUGCAGGUGAAAAGGAAUCGCACGGCCUUAAGCUUGUACGGAGCUCAAUAUGGUGGUCCCAACUUUGAUGAAGCACAGCCCAGCGCAAGAUUACAUCUUGAAGAGUAUUUUCACAUAGAUACAAGCUCAGCUUUGGCAGAAGAUUUGCAAGAGAUGGACUUUGAUAGAGAUUCGGGCCCAGGUGCUUACAAAUGGUGCUCCCAUGUAGAUCCAAUACUUUUGGGUUCCACCUCAGUGGUUCUGUAUCCCCGGCGCGGGCUUGGAAGCUACCGUCCUGGAGAUGGCUUGGGGCUUGUAAGCGGUUUUUCCACCUCUGGUGGCCAAUUCAUAUACGAUGGCUUGGUGGACAGAUGGUUCCGCAAGAAUUGGUUGAAGAAGCGGCGCUUUCGUUUCGUUGGUGAUUCCGCAGUCGGACCUGAGGGUGACGCGCGCGUAUUUGUCCUGAGCCCAUCGCCGUCCCCUAACAGAAGUGCCAUUCCAGUCGUUGACUUGGGCUUAUGCUUGCUGGAGCUUGGGUGUCGCAGUUCCUCUGCAAUUCAAUGCCCUGAGUCAAGAUUGCGUUGGGCAGUUGUGGCCCUCGGAAAGUUGCACUCCUGGAAGACAGUUGGAACCUGCAAUGCGUCCGUUUCCUUUGCUAUUCUUGACACUGCAGCAGUCUCCUCGUUGCAAGAAAACCUGCAGGAGCUCAACCUGAUUGACCGACGCUGUCGCAAAUGUUGCCUUUGCAGUUCAAAGUAG